UUACGAAAGAUAUUGCUCAGAAGGGUCAAAAUGAGCAAUAUCGUUUAAAAUACCACCUUUUGUAUACCCAACUUUAGAUAAACGGCUGUAUCUAAGAGGUUAAAAUUUGUAUUUUAGGCCACAGAAUGUAAUCAUUUAUUUUUUUUCCUCUCUUGGGUGGAGUAGACCUGUAAUAUUGCUUUGGUUAACUUUAAAUACAUGUGCCUAUUUUCUCUGCAGUAGUAGUAAGAUUGUCUGUCUCACUGGUAUUGGUACUUCUUGUUUUAGUUGGCUAAAACUGGCACCCAUGAAGAUGAAUAGACAGCAAGUGGAAUCUUUUACUACGUCAUACAAUUGCAGUUCAUCUUCGAGACUUGUUUUUUUUUCUUAUUUUACUGCGAUUAAUUUAUUAAAGAUGCCACAUUUUUAUAAGAGAAGCCCUUUUUAUGUAGGCUUCCUGUUUAAUAAAGAAGUGCUGUGUUUAUUGUAAAUCAAAUUUUUAUUUGGUAUUUUUGCAAUGGAACGUAUUGCCUUCAAUCUCUGAUAGUGACCAACGUGGGAAAUCUUGUGAUGACACGUAAUGAAACAUGUUCUCAGUGCACAUGGCCUGUAGUUCUCUCACAGUAUGGUUUCCAACACCAGAAAAUUGCAAUUUGUAUACAUUUUAUUGCAGCAUUUUACUGGAAGUAAAAUGUUUUACGUGGGUUACAUGAAGUUUAGUAUCUUAAUUUUAGGCCAUAAUCCUUUCCUCAGAGUAGUAUAAAAUGUUCUUUUGUGUGUACAAUCCCGGAGGGUUAUUUCCAACCUGAUCUUCUCUGUGUAUUACUACAGUUGGGAUCGCCCCCGACCUGGUGCAUGUUACAUUAGAAGCCCCUAAACUCUUGAAAGCCUAAAGAAAUGAGGAACAGUUCAACCAGUACUGAAUGAGAUUGAUAUUGAUACAGUAUAGGGUGAAAGCAGUUAAACCCCUGCUCCCCAUAUUUUACUGCUAUAUGUUGAGUGAGAUGGACAGUACUAGUUUGGGUGGGUUUGUACACUUAGGUAGACUUAUUUUUCAAUUAUUUAUUGUGCUUAUUAUUGGUUUUCAUUGUUUUCUCGCUGAACAUUCUGACCUGCAUAGUGUUUACCUUGCACACAUUCAAAUUGAAACGCAACAUCCAAAAAGAAAUGUAUGUGCAAACAAUGGUUCUCACUGCCCACAGCUUGUGUAAAUUGAUCUUGCUCUGAAACACUUUUACUUUGAAGCUAUAAGUAUCAGAAACCUACCAAAUGGAUUGGCUAUAUAAUUAAGUUUAUAAUUACUUUCUUUAUCCAGCCGCUCUGUUGGAUGGAAUUCAUUUACAAACUUGGAAAAUAAGGAAAACCUAAUUACUGAGGAGAGUUUUAUUGCUGCAUUAAUCCAUCUAAUCUUUGUUUCUUUUCUAUCCGUAAAGAUAAUUGGGCAUAACUGCAAGUUUCUUCAUCCAGGAAUUAUAGAGAAAGAAUAUGGAUAACAUUCAGAGGAGUCGCACUGCUUAUACACACAGGAAGGCAAAUGAGGUCAAAUCAAAACUUUUUAGAGAACAUACCGUCAUUGGGAUACGGAGAUGCUACACUUCAUCAGCUAGGUUGAUGCAGGAAAAGAAAGAGACCAUUGCUUUACCUCCUAUUAGCAAAUUGCCUGUCACAGUAAUUUCACACACGAUAAGGCGGAGCAGCUGGCAAGGAACUACGUCUGUCCAGGACCUGUUUUUCUCUAAUCAGAUUUCUGACACUCAGCGCUCACUCAGUAGACCUAAUAGCUUGAGAGACAUUAGUCUGGAAGAUUGCCACUGGAAUGUUCCUUAUAAGAAAAUAAGCGGAGAAACCAGCAUGCAGAUCAAAGCCCAUUUAAAGAACAACAUGUAUCAUCGACGAGUGAAAAGAGUGGGCAACGAGUCUGGCACAGGAGGGGAAACUCAGUAUAUUCUGGAGAGCACAGAGUCUUUUCUGUUAAAGUCCCGACAGAGACCAGAAGUACAAGAAGAAAGCAUCAGCUCUGCAGAUCAGGAAGUCCCCUCUAAUUUACUGCAUGAAUUGCACAUUAAAAGUCCAGAACCGAAUGGAAGGACUAACACAGAAAAAUGGACUACAUCAACACGUGGUCCACAACGAGCAACUACAUCACAGGAUGAGACACAGCUGACUGGAAAUGAGAAAGAUGCACUUAAUGAGUUUAGUGUAACGGAGAAGCCGUCUGAAGGUUACCGUCAUAAAUAUAUAGACAAUGAAGAGGAAGAUGAGUUUGAGAGGUUUUCUGACACAGAGCACAAAAUUAUACGAGGACACAUUAAUCUGCCUUACACGGCAAAGAAGAAGGUUUUCAUGGUGUAUAUCUGUGGUGGAUACCAAGAUUCCCAUCCAGAAAGGAAUGCAUUAUUUACAAAGUGUUAUCCGGAUCUCUACAUUUACUUCAAAGAAAGAGGAAUUGAAUUCCGUAUGUUUGAUCUGCGAUGGGGCUUAAAGGAUGGUGUCAGCAAUGACCACGUGAUGGCGCUCCUACACCUAAAGACCCUCCAGGAAUGCCAGGAAGCAGGACACACUGCUUUUUUUUGUUUUUUAGGCCAGAAAUAUGACAAAGUGACUGUUCCGGCUACAUUAGCUAAAGAAACGUUUGAAGGAAUUAAAACCAUUUUACAAACCAUGAAAGCGGCAAAGCAAUGGAUUAACAGUACUGGUACAAUAAAUCCAAAUGGAGUUGAUGAAACAAUCUCCACUGUGAAAGAUGGUGGGACCUCCUUUGAGUCAGACAAUCAUCAAAUUGCUACAGGAGAGAAGACAACGCCAGGUUUUACCGAAUCAGAUGAGACACUUGUAGAGCCGGAUGAAAAAGACAUGUUUGCUUCUGCUCAGAAUGAAAUAUCACUUAAAUAUGAUAGGGCUCUCGCCCACCUAACUCAGUGGUUUAAACUAGAUGAAAACUGUGUACCUAGCGUGUAUAGACUUCAAACCAUUAGCACAUAUCAUGGAGAUGUAUUCAGCAGGGACCCGGGACGCCGUCAGCAAGCUAAAAGUAAAUGGCUAGUUACGAUGCAAAAGCUAUAUGAUAUUCUGCAGGAAUACGGCCCAUUGGUGCUGGGGUAUGAGGCAGCAGGGAACCUCCUGAAAUCAGUUACUCAGCAAGAAAUAGACCAAGCUUUUGAAGCUGCUGGAAGACCUGAAGAUCACUUUCAUUGCUUUAAAAGAAUCAUCAGUGACAUUAAAUAUAACCUGUCCAGUAAUCGCGCUUCUGAAUAUAUUGAUAUCCUUCCUCUCAAACCUGAAAUCAACAAGACCCUGCAUGAUGCACAACAGGACUUAAUCAGGAGAAUCCAUCAGAGAUUACGUCACACAAACAUCUAUGAGUAUAGCAUCAGCUGGGGACUGGAUGGAAUAAAUCCCAUUAGUAACAGAUCUCAUGCAUACUAUCUGGAACGCCUGUGUACUGACUUUCAGAGAAAGGUUAUUGAGCAUUUUAGCAGAACAACUCAUGUGCCCAGUGUCCCAGAAGAGACUUGGAAGAGGAAGCAGCUUUUUAGGAAUCAGAGAAAUGAAGAGGUUCUGGAGCAUGCCAAGCACUGCCAUAUACUUGUAAAUAGCUUCAUGGGUCGGGAGUCUCUUCUGCUGGAGCUCCGAGACCGUAUGAGGUCUGCUGACAAACACCUGGUCAUAUUACACGGGGGCCCUGGCAGUGGCAAGAGUGCAGUUAUAGCCAAAGUGGCUGCAUCAGUGGCACAGUGGCUAACAGGAGACCUCAGAGUUGUGACUCGAUUCAUUGGUGCUACUGGUGAAAGCCGAAACAUUCGUCUGUUACUACAGAGCCUUUGUUACCAGAUAGCAGACAUAUACAGCCUGCAAAUACAGUUCUCUGAGAAUCUUAAAGGGUUAGUGAAUGAGUUCUCAACAAUGCUGGAGCUUGCAAAUGAAAGACAGCCUUUGGUCAUCACCUUGGAUGGCAUAGAUGAGUUAUCAGAAAAUGAAGAAAAACUUUCCUGGAUACCCACAGAACUGCCCCCACAUGUCUACUUCAUUGUGUCGGUCUCCAGUGUGUCAGAGUGUGCUUCUUUCAGACACUUACAGAAGCUGACUUCUGAGCACAAUGUCAUUCAGAUACCACCACUAAGUUCAGGAGAAAUGAAUGCAAUGACUGAAUGUUGGUUGCAUAGGGAUCACCGUAAACUCACCAGUCACCAAAGAAAAGUAUUGCUAGAGGCUUGUGCUGCAUGCCCUCUUCCACUUUAUGUGCAGUGCUCAUAUAUGGAAUCAUGUCUAUGGACAUCCUUUACUCCUGACAAGGAGAUCCUUCUGCAUCAUGAUAUAUUUAAAAUGUAUUCCUGGAUCCUAGCAAGACUGGAGAGAACUCAUGGAGAGCAAGUGGUGAAGAAGGUGGCAUCUUACAUUUCAUUGUCCAGGAAUGGUAUAACGCGAGAAGAGCUUCUGGACCUGCUAUCUCUAGACCAGGCUGUCAUGGAGGAGAUAAGGCAAUACCAGAUUGUUACUGUGCCAGUAUUUCCAGAAGUACUCUGGGUCAAGCUAAGUAGUGACCUUGGGAUCCAUGUGGUGGAACAAAGGACAGAUAAUACGUAUGUCAUUAACUGGACGCAUAAUCACCUGAGGUCUGUUUGUAUAAGCAGAUAUGUGAAGUCUAAGGAUUAUCAGCUUUCCAUCCACUCUGCAUUUGCUAAUUACUACCUGGAAAGUCUCAGCCGUCAUACACUAAAUAAAACUGAUAUGUGUACACCAAUGAUGCCUUUGUCAUGGUUGGUAAAGCAUGAGAACAGGACCAUUAUUGUGUUCAACCUGCGCAAACUCCUUGGAAUAUCAUAUCAUUUGAUCCAGUCUAACCAGAUCCCACGACUACUAACACAGUGCAUAUUCAAUUAUGAGUACUUAUUACAUAAAGCUUGGGCUGCCUCCAUUGUGGAAAUCCAGGAAGAUAUAAAGUCAGCCAUAAAUCCUGAACGGCCUUCGCUUGAUUUGAAUCUGUUGUCUGAAACCCUUCAGCUGUCCAGUAAGGUUCUACUGCGAGACCCUUGUCAACUGGCUUCCCAGCUGAUUGGACGCCUGCACCAGAUUGAAGCAUUAGAUAAACCUGUGGCUCCUGGUGAUCCAAGGAAAUAUCUUUUACUUCCAUCCUUGCUUUCUCAGUGCCAGCAGUCCUCUAUUGCUACGUUUGUGCCUUCUUUCACUUGUCUUUUGGCACCUUAUACAAUUGUCUAUGACACCUUAGCAGGCCACACAGACAGUAUCAAUGCAGUUGCAGAAGCUCAGAGUGUUCUACAAGCAGUGACCACUUCCAGAGAUGGCACACUGAAGGUCUGGGACUUGGCUGCUGGCAAACCUGUGUUCACGCUUCACGGAGUUGGGAAGAACAUUGACUCUAUCACUGUCUGUAUGCAGAACAAAUUAGUCGCUCUCACUGAAGAUUACGGCUUCCAAAUAUGGGACCUCUCCUGUAGGAAAAUGGUUUAUGCUAUCAGCGACUGUUUGGAUGCCCCUAUUCUGACAUCUGCUAUGGACGGUCAACUGCUCUUAGCAUUUUUUGAUGGAAGUCAUUUAGUAAAGGUAUUUGACUUGGCAGACUCUUGCAGGCUUAUUUGUCAGGUAGACAUUCCUGCAGAUGAGACCCCAGUUCAUAAAAAUCACUCGAUUCUGGUCUCUAAAAAGUCUGUGAAGGAGCACAUUGUAUUUGCAUACAGGAGUGGGAAAGAAGCCAUGGUACUGAAUGCCAGACGAGGGGCUGUUGUUGCCAAACUUACUGCACAAGAUCCAGUAGCUUCAGUUCAAGGUGUGGCUGUAACCAAGGAAUACUUCCUAGUCAUUUGCAGGUAUCCAUCACUGAAGCUGCAUGACAUAGUACAUAUUGAGCUAUUCAGCGUGCACACGUUUGCAUAUAUUCGCACUGUGAAAGGCUGCUGCAAUGACUUCAUUACCAAGUUUGAUGUGAACCGCCAAGGAUCACAUGUGGUAGCAUUUUCUCAGAUUCCCAACACCAAUACCACAGAAGUAAUAGUUUGGAAUUUAGAAACUGAGGACCACAAGCACAUGGUGAAAUUCUCAUCUGUAUCCGCUGGAGGAAUAUGCUUUGAUCUUCGCUACUGCCUAGCGUUCUGUGAUGGAGAAAACACCUUACGGUCGUGGAAUUUGGCUAACCAUAUAAAUAACCAGUCACUCACCGUCAACAUCAACAGGGCAAAAAUAACUGAUGGGAUUCAAGAAAUUGUUACAAUGAAAAACUUUCCCAGAUAUGUGGUCUGCAGAAGUGUACGGCCAGGAGUGAUCACCGUGUGGAAUAUUGUGAAGUCGAAGUGUAAAGGUAGCGCCGUGCGGGUGGAGCGUGGACUGGUGGAGAACAGUGAUGUUGUGUUGGUCAGGGAUAUGAAGCUCUAUGUCCUGACUGACAGGGGAAUGGUCUCAUUCACUGACACACCGAGACCCAUAUUUCAGACUCUUCUUACUUAUGAUCUGCUGAAGAAAAAAUAUAUCCGUAAACAGACUGGUCUAUAUGUUAUUCCAUGUCCAAAGCAUGAAUACAGGAUAUUGAAUGGAGGGUUACUCCUGGGACUCUCAGAGAAUAGAGACCAUUUUGUUAUUUGGAAUAUGGAUACAGGUUUUAUAAAAGAUCGGUUAAAGCCACAGUUUAAGGACAAGACCGCGGCUCUGGAUAUACUGGCAGGACAUGACCUUUAUAAUGAAAAUAUGUACAAGCAAGUACUGCAGCAGAAGAGGAGAGGAAAAGAGACAGAUCUUUUGACUCCUUGGGAGAGACGCAAUGAGACCAAAACAGCAAAGCGACGAAGGAAGGAGAGAGAGAUGAAGCAUGAGAUAGAAAGGGUACAGCAAUUGGCAAAUGAAAAGAAUAAUGCCAUUGAUCAGUACCUGCUGAGUGACAAUGAAAAGGUGAUUGUGUGCUCAUAUUAUGCGCACCACCUCUGUGUGUUCAGCUUGGACACUGUAAGCCACCUGCAUACUUUGGAGGACAAAACAUCAAUGCUUUUCUUGCACAAUGCUGCACUGACGCACAAUGGCAGCUUCCUGGCUCUCUCCAACUACUGUGAUGCUAACAAAAUUAGUUAUGUAACUCUCUGGGAUCUUCAAAAUGGACUGGUCAAGAAACGGCUAAAAAAUGAACCAAAUAUUUGUUGUAUGGCUAUUACGGAUGAUGCUGAUAGGAUUGUCUUUGGAGUCACCUCAGGAAAUAAACUUAAAGUCUGGGAUCCUUUCAGACACAAACACAAAGUAAUACCAGGAUAUGAAAACCUCAACCUUACAGUUAACAGCAAAAUACAAAUGAUUGAAGGAGGAUCAAGGGCAAUCUUAUUGUCAGGUGAUGUCAGCUUCUGGAAUCUGGAUAACGGAACUGUGGUUUCUGUAUUCACCCCUGACAGCAAAGUCUGCUGCCUGUCCUUAGCUACUGACAGGAAGUCCAUUCUUAUUGGUAUGAGCGAUACCUCGUCACUCAUCAACCUGAAAAUUGUUUCAAAAGAUAAGGACAAUUCUUACUCCAUAGGGACAGAUCUAUUCGGUGAGGAAUCUACAAGUAGUGAAGAUGAACCAGACGAUAAAGACCCAUCUUUAAAUAUCUAAAACUGUAAAUAAUGAAACUGUAAGAAAAUAAAAUCUAUCAAUUCUU